AUGGUGGAACUAUUGGGCGUUCAUGUGCUCCUGGGAAGUGGGAAACUAGGAAGUGGGAAGUCUGACAUGGAACUAUUGGGCAUUCAUGUGCUCCUGGGAAGAGAGAGACCAGACUCUUACUCUGACAGCGGGAGUACUUCAGCGGAACCAGACCCAGAGAUGCCCAAACCAGUGAAACCACACCACUGCUCCCAAUGUGGAAAUACAUUUUUCUCAUCAGGGGACCUGAAAAAGCAUAAGAGAACACACUCCGUAGAGAGGCCUUUCCAAUGCUCUCAGUGUGGAAAGCGAUUUAUCCAGUCAUCACAUUUGAAAGAGCAUAAGAGAAUACACACAGGAGAGAAGCCUUUCCAAUGCUCCCAGUGUGGAAAUAGUUUUACCCGGUUAAGGUGCCUGAAUAGGCAUAAAGGAAUACACACAGGAGAGAAGCCUUACCACUGUUGUCAUUGUGGACAGAGUUUUAGGUGGUUAGUGACCCUGAAAACACAUGAGAGGACACAUACGGGAGAGAAGCCUUUCCAAUGCUCCCAGUGUGGGAAUGCUUUUACACGGUUAGAGAAGCUGAAAGAACAUGAGAGAAUUCACACUGGUGAAAAGCCUUUCCAAUGCUUGCAGUGUGAAAAGAGAUUUAUCCAGUCAUGGAAUCUCAAAGAGCAUGAGAGGAUACACACAGGAGAGAAGCCUUUCCAAUGCUUCCAGUGUGGAAAGAGUUUUACCCGGUUAAGGUACCUGAGUAAGCAUAAAGAAAUACACACGGGAGCGAAGCCUUACCACUGUUCUCAUUGUGGACAGAGUUUUAGGGGGUUAGUAAGCCUUAAAACACAUGAAAGAAUACACACAGGAGAGAAAUAUUUCAACUGCUCUCAAUGUGGAAUUACUUUUACCUUGUUAGGGAGCCUGAAAUCACACCAGAGGACACAUGAUAAAAGCCAUACCACUGCUCUCAUUGUGGAAAGAGAACAUGAAAUCGCAUGAUUGAAUAUAGAGUCUGGGGCCAUAUUUGCGAACAUAAGCAAGCAUAUGAAGGUAAAUGGGUUUCAUGCACAAGAUGCAUAUCAGCCAAUGAACAGUGUUGAUUCACCUACAUGUGACUGACCGCUAAUUUGUAGCUGCUCCCAUCAGAUAACAUUAGCCUUAUGCUAACCUCCCCAGGUGGCAGUGAUUACAUCCUGGCACAACGUCUGCCUCAGCCAAUCAAAUAUCUUAGAUACUCUAUACACCAACCAAUGGUAUUUCUUUUAAAAAAUAGGUAAACCCUGGCCUUGUGUUUUUAUGGGGGGAAAAAAAGAUAAAUCGGGUCCUUACAAAAAAAAGUUUAGCGUUGUUAAAAAACAAAGAGCCUUAUGGAUUUAUCAUCCAGUGUAGCAGUCAUGUAGUCUAUCGUCAGUGGUGGAUCAACCCAACUGUCAUACUUGGGUAAAAGCAACGAUGACCUUUCUUAGGUUCUAAUAUUCAGAGUUAAAACUCAAAGGAGACUCUGAAAGCUUUAAAACCAAGUUCAUUCUUCCCAGAGGGUCAAUACAGCUGCAUCGGACAAAGACGUUGUUCACACAAGCACUGAUAUUUACCCCCC